CGGCCCGGCCAUCAGUCUAAUAGCUCUGGAAGAACGGGCGGCGGUAAGAGCGGCCACGAUGCGGUCGUCGUCACCUUCCUCCUCGAUUCCUCGUCGUGCUUGCUCGCGAUCCAUUCUGCAGGGAGGCGAAACCCUCUGCGCGCCAUGGGCGACCACUACGGUACGCUUGGGGUGCGGCCCGACGCUACCAAGGCCGAGGUCAAGGCCGCCUUCCGCCGCCGCGCCCUGCGCGACCACCCCGACCGCCACGCUCAAUCCGGCGACGCCGGUGCCCGAGCCGAAGCCGCGCGGCGCUUCCGCCAGGCCUCCGACGCCUACCACGUCCUCUCCGACGACCAAAGGAGGGCCGAGUACGACCUCCGUCUCCGCUCUUCCUCCUAUGUCCGCACAUCCUCCUCCACCUGGGCCUCCUCCUCGUGUUCGCACGGCUACGGCUACGGGCACAGAGAAAGUUCUUGGCGGCGGCCGCCUCCGGGAGGCGGAGGCGCAUCGGUGGGAUACGAUUGGGGCUUGUUGCUGAAGGCGAUGACUCGGCGAAGGUUCCUUCUCAAUCUCGGCUUCUCCAGUGUAUUGCUUUCUGGUGCAGCUUUUCUUGAUGGAAGUAUUCUGGAACUCUGGAACAUGAAUAACUCUGGGAAAUCAUUUGAAGAAGCAAUGGAGUCGAUUGAGAAGGUAAAAGGGGGAAAGGGGAAUAGGUAGAGAAGUAGAUAGGUUCCAUCAAAUUGUGGUACACUGGUACAUAGACAAACGAGUGUGCAUAUUGUUGUUCAGAUCCUUCUGUACAGUCGGAAUAAUAUUUGUGACAAAGUGACGACUGAUUACCUGAUCAGCGUAGCUGUGGAUGAUUGUAAUGUGCAUCUAUGCCUAAGGUUCUUCCAGUGCAAAGAUUCAAACAAGUUGUCUUUUAACCUCCUCUAAUCAUGCUUUGUUUCCUCGGAAUCUGCAAGUAA